UGUUCUUCGACCUAGAGCCUGCAUAAAACCGCAUGCUCACCCCCUGUUUUGGUACUGCAUGCUCCAGCCACACAUGUGACAUGGCGGACGUGGUCUCUGACCUGGUCCUGUCCUUCUUCUGCUGCUGCUUCUACGCUCCCGGCGACAACCACCGCGGCGUCGGCACGCACCACCACUACAGCGGCGGCCACGGCCGCGAUGCGGCGUAUCACCAUCACCACCGCGGUGCCGGCAACCGGAGCAGGUCGGUGUCCCUGCAGACGGUGGAGCUUAAGGUGAGGAUGUGCUGCGAUGGCUGCGAGAGAGUCGUACGACAAGCCCUCCAGAACCUCCGAGGAGUGGACAGAGUGGAUGUGAACGUGCCAAUGGAGAAGGUGACGGUGACGGGGUACGUGGACCGGGCGAGGGUGCUGCAGGAGGUGCGGCGGAGCGGGAAGAAGGCGGAGUUCUGGCCGAGCGGCGGCACGUCGCUGUGGUUCACGUCCCCCCGGAGCUACUUCCGCGACGACUCGUACCGCCGCGACAGCUACAACUACCGCCGGCGCGGGUACAGCGACGGCGACCGCCACGGCCGCAUGCGCGAGCCCGCCCGCGGCGCCGGGCCCGUCGGCAACAUGUUCAACGACGACGACGUCGACGCCGCCUGCCGGAUCAUGUGACCCAUGCGCGCGCGGAUGUUGCCGCCGUUGCUCUGCUAGUCUUGGUUUCAGUUUUUUCGUUUCGCAUCAUCUUAUCAUGGGCUCGGCGUAAUGGAUCGCGAGUUGAUCCAAAUGGUGGACCAUGCGUACCGUCGAGCUUCUGGUUUUGAACGAAUCUCCCUAAUUUGAUCCAUGAACUGAUCGAUCCGAAUCAAUGCCGCACGUAUCAGACAAAGCGUUGUGACUACAGUUGUUACUAUCACAAAACUUCGCUUUCUCGUCACGAAACAGGGAAUGGUAUUCAUAGUGUCUCUUUGAUAUAUUUGAUUAUAUGUUUAUUUAGCAAGUGAUAGCUAGUUUAUAUAAUUAUAGUAAGCGAAAUUAAUGACCAAAACCUAUUUUAUUUUACUCUUUUAUUAUAAAAAUAUAUAUGUGUUUGUAGAGAUAGAGUGUGUGUACGUAAUACGUUCAUAAGGUUGAGUACACGUAUCUGUGUUGUACUAUGAUUCACACACAAAAAAAUACUUAUCAUAUCACCAAGGGAUUGAUAAAUUUAGUAUGACAAGCAUGAGCAUAUUUUUGUAUAAUUUUAAUUAAGGUUAAAAUAGUUUGACUAGUUGCAUUUAGACAGGUAAGAUUGGGAUUCAAACCUUAGAUAGAAAGAUAAAUUAUUGGCAAGACAUCAAUGCAAAAUCUUGCAAUUGCAAUUAAGACAUUGUUUCUACACAAAAACAAAAUCGGUUCUACAUUGGCAAGUCCAAGCUGAAAAGAUUUUCUUUUUCUUUACGGUCUCCUUCGAAAACAAAGGUAACUAUAGAUUCAAAUAAAACUAUUUGUUAAAGUUAACUAUGUUUAUAGAAAACAAUAUUAACAUUUACAUAUCUAUUUAUUAUAAAAAUAAAU